AUGCCGAAAAAGAACUUCUCCAAACCUAAGCAACCUCCAAAGACUAAUAAAGAAAGAUCAAAACAACAUCGAUCGAGAAAGAAAAAAUAUAUUGAAGACACUUUACAAGAAAAUAUUGACCUGAAAGAGCAACUAUGAGUUCUAAAACUUGAAAACUCAGAACUCAAGCUACAGCUGCAAAAACUCCAGAAUCUAAAACCCUUUCAGAGUUCUAGCUUAGUGGCUCAAUUUGAGCAUCGGCUGCUUGAGUACGAAGAUUAUGCUUAUAACAAACUCUUCAAGAAAGUUGAAACCAAUCCUGAAAAAGUAAGGUACUCCGAAAUAGAACAGACUAUUGAGAACAUAUGUGACUGGAGUGAUAAUAGGAUUGAUUAUAUAAAAUCUUUGUUUAAUAAAAUCCUUGAGAACAUGAUUGGUAUUGGGUCUAAGUGAUAUUAUGCAGGGCAUAAGGCUUUUCCUAUUAAAUAACUGGUAUGUCGAUGAGAAGUUAAGGAAAAGAGGAAAGAAAUAUUUUGAGAAAGCAUCUGAUACUGAGGAAAUCAAAAGUAUCUUUACUGACAUUCAGAUUACUGAUUGAUUUAAAGAAAUUUGCCAAAAAUUUGACAAAAACCUUAGCCACUUCCAUCAAAAAUACAAAUAAAAUCGCUCAGUCCCUCAUAAAACAACGUAACGCCCUUCUCAACCACUACCAAGACAUCAAAACCUUCAUCUCCACCCUCGACCGCUCAUCCUACACCAAACAAGACAUCCUCAACGACCUGCACAUCAUCAACUGCAUCAAAACCACCAACCUCACAUCCCCUCACAAUCUCUACCAAAUCCCAGUCAAAUCUCACUCUUGCUCAAAAUAUGAAGCAGGAGAGUUUACUGAAUAG